AUGGCAUCACAGGCAAGGGCAGUAAGACAGCCUGUGGACAUCCGUCGUUUAGAGACGUACAUCAGACAGCAUGCAGCGUAUAUCAAGACACCGAUUGAAUUGAAACAAUUCUGCUUUGGACAAUCAAACCCAACAUACCAGCUUACUGGCUCUGACGGGCAGCGAUAUGUCCUACGGAAACGACCUCCAGGGAAGAUCAUAUCUGCUACAGCACAUCGAAUAGAUAGAGAGUUCCGAGUCAUCUCUGCACUAGCUAAGACAGAUGUGCCAGUGCCAAGAGCAUACCUCCUUUGUGAAGACGAGUCCAUCGUGGGAACCAGUUUCUACAUCAUGGAGUUUCUGGAUGGCCGAAUCUUCGACGAUGCCGAUAUCAAAGGCGUGGCGCCCGACGAAAGAAGGGAGAUGUGGAAGUCUGCGGUCACGACAUUGGCCAGGCUACAUCGGGUCGACUACAAGACGGUCGGGCUACAAGGCUUCGGCAAAGAGGAAUCAUUCUACGACCGACAGAUCGAGACCAUCACGAGGAUCUCCGCACGACAAGCAGCCACGAUCAGUCAAGCACAGAGCAUUCCUGCCAAUGUCGGAGAGAUACCACAUUUCCAUGAAACCAUGAAGCUUUUCCGUGACAGAUCUUGCCAACCCACCGAUCGCGCCACCAUCGUCCAUGGCGAUUUCAAGAUCAACAAUCUUGUCUUCCACAAGACCGAGCCUCGAGUCAUUGGGAUCCUAGACUGGGAAAUGGCUACCGUCGGCCACCCCCUCUCCGAUCUCACCAAUCUGCUGACCCCCUACGUACCCACGACCGUCAACCUAGGACCAAACGGCUUCUCGCCUGCAUUCGCUAUUGGUGCCACCCCUGGCCUUCCUUCUCGCGAACAGAAUCUCGAACUGUAUCACCUUCACUGGGCGAUUGCGUUUGGCAUGUUGCGCCGGGCGUUUAUUAGACAGGACAUUGCGGCUAGGGCGGCGACUGGGCAGGCGAGUAGUGCACAAGCAGCCGAAUAUGGGAAGUUGAUGGUGCCUCUGGGAUUGCUGGCGCAUGAGUUGAUAGAAGCGAGGAUGAACGAGUAA